AUGGAUGCAAUAUAUUUAGGGUUGUUUGGUGUAGUUAUUGGGUUUGUGUUAUGGUGGUGGAAUGAAUAUUGGUAUGUUAUUUCUCUCAAAUUCAAGUGCUUCAAAUCUUCAACAAAAUUGCCUCCAGGUCAUAUGGGUUUGCCUUUCAUUGGAGAAAUGAUUAGUUUUCUUUGGUACUUCAAAAUUGUUCGACGUCCAGAUGAUUUUAUUAAUGCUAAGAGACGCAAAUAUGGGGAUGGAGCAGGCAUGUUUAAAACACACUUAUUUGGCGCACCAUCCAUCAUAGUAUAUACUCCACCUAUAAAUAAGUUUGUGUUAUUCUCAGAAGACAAGUUCAAACCAGAAUGGCCAACUUUUGAACUUACGGGCCGAACUUCAUUGUCGUCUGUCCAAGGAAAAGCUCAUACACGCCUCCGCAAUGUUGUUACCAAUACCAUUAAUCGGCCUGAGGCCCUAAACCGUAUCGCUGCUCUUGUUCAGCCUCACAUACUCGCUGCUUUACGAUCUUGGGCAAGAAUGGGUAAAAUCAAAGCAAAAUUUGAAACCCAAAAGAUGACAUUUGAUAUCAUUGGAAAAUUAUUCAUGAGCAAGGAGCCAGGCCUUUUACCAUAUUCCUUGGAUAAACUCUGUGAAGGCUUGCUUCAAGGAGUGAGAGCCUUUCCGAUUAAUAUUCGGGGUUUUGCAUAUCAUCAUGCUCUUCAUUGUAGACGAAAGCUUGAGGACAUUUUUUACAUGGAAUUAGAUAAGAGAAAAUUAAAGAAUGAAAAUAAGGUGGAAACAAUUGAUCUAAUGGAUGGGUUGAUGCAAAUUGAAGACGAUAAUGGAAAAUUGAGUGACAACGAAAUUGUAGAUAACAUUAUCUCUUUGGUGAUUGGUGGAUAUGCCACUACUUCUCUUGUAUCUAUGUGGGCUAUUUACCUUCUUGCGAAGUAUCCAAUUGUGCUAAAAAAACUAAGGGAAGAGAAUACGACUUUUACAAAGGAGAGUCCUGGGGAUUAUAUUACAGCCAAAGAUGUUUCGAAUUUAAAAUAUACAAAUAAGGUCGUUGAAGAAGUUAUAAGAAUGGCUAAUGUUGCGAGUUUUGUUUUCAGAAAAGUUGUAAAUGAAGUUGAUUAUAAAGGUUAUAAAAUACCAAAAGGUUGGAAAGUAAUUCUCUUCCUUCGCUAUUUCCAUACAAACCCAAAGAACUUCAAAGAUCCCAUGCAUUUUGAUCCUGAUAGAUGGAAUGAGCCAGCAAAGCCUGGAACAUACCAAGUUUUUGGUGCUGGACAAAGACUAUGCCCUGGAAACAUGCUUGCAAGACUUCAAUUAGCACUUUUUCUUCAUCAUUUGUCCAUAGGAUACAAGUGGGAGCUCACUAAUCCAAACGCAGAUAUCAUUUAUCUUUCACAUCCUGCUCCUAUCGACGGCGUCGAGGUCAAGUUCGGCAAAUUGUGA